AUGGCAGCCGCGCAAAACAUCCCGCCCGCUCCGCCCGGGGCGCGCAAGUACGGCGCGUUCCAGAACGAGAUCUAUCAGAAGGGCAUGCUGCAAAACGUCUUCCCCGCUAUCACGACCGACCCCAACAAGCUCGAGGCGCAGGCGGAGCGGGACAUGAGCGCGCGCAGCUACCGGUACAUCGCGGGCGGCGCAGGCGAGCGGGCGACCAUGGAUGCGAAUCGUGCCGCUUUCAGGACGUGGAAGCUCAUCCCCCGCAUGCUACGCCCGACAACCAACCGCGACAUGAAGAUCGAGCUCUUCGGAGAGCAGUACGAGACGCCCCUGUUCUUCUCGCCCGUAGGCGUGCAGUCCAUCUUCCACGCGGAGAAGGAGACGGGCGUCGCGCAGAUCGCCGCCGAGAUCGGGGUGCCCUUCAUCCUCAGCACCGCGGCCUCAUCCACCAUCGAGGAGGUGGCCAAGGCGAACGGGCCCGCUGGGAAGAGAUGGUUCCAGCUGUACUGGCCGCACGACGACGAGAUUACCAUAUCUUUUCUCAAGCGCGCCAAGGAAAACGGUUAUGGCGCGCUCGUGGUCACGGUAGACACGUGGGCGGUGGCCUGGCGGCCGUGGGACUUGGACCAGGCAUAUGCGCCGUUCGUCAAAGGCAUUGGGUGUGACGUCGCCUUCUCGGAUCCGGUCUUCAGGCGGAAGUUCAGGGAGAAGUACGGAAAGGAGGUUGAAGACGACGUCGUUGCCGCGGCACAGGAGUUCGUGAAAGUCUGCUUCUCCGGUGGAGCACACACCUGGGAUCAGAUUGAGUUUUUGAAGAAGCACUGGGACGGCCCAAUUCUUCUGAAAGGUAUCCAGCAUCCCGACGAUGCGAUCAAAGCGGCAGAGGUGGGAGUACAGGGCAUCAUCGUCUCGAACCACGGCGGCCGCCAGCUGGAUGGUGCCGUCGGCUCGUUGACCAUGCUCCCAGAGAUUGUCGACGCUGUCGGCGACAAGCUGACCGUCCUGUUCGACAGCGGGGCUCGAACAGGGGUCGACGUGAUCAAAGCGCUCUCACUCGGAGCAAAGGCUGUGUGCAUCGGCAGACCGUGGGUCUACGGCCUGGGAAUUUCCGGCAAGGCCGGCGCCCGCGACGUGAUGAAGGGGAUUCUUGCCGAUCUGGACCAGAGCAUGGGUUUGGCUGGCAUCAAGGAUAUUGCGGGCUGCCAUCGUAGCAUGGUCAGGCGGGUUGAGUAUCCGGGAGAUAGGCCGUCAAACAAUUGA